UGUGGAUGGACCAUAGAUAUAAAAAAAACACGGCUUUCAGCUUUUGAAAUUUUCUGUCAAAUAUUUGCUUUUAUGGUGAUAUGGGUUGCAUUAAUUAAUACGUCUCUCAUUAAUGAUAAUCCUGAUCUCCAGUUCCAUACCUUCACAUGCGUCCAUAGAUUUAUUACCCGAAUUUCUUUCCAUCCCAGAUAAUCAGACACUGGUUUCAUACAUCCGAUGUUAAUCUUUGGUCAAGAAAUGUCUUUUCUGCUUCUGCGUAUGCUAAUAGUACUGGUUUUUCAUGUAAGACAAUCUUUUUCGGAACCAAGAGCAACAGAAGCAGCUUUGAUAUGCAGCAACAGGACGGCGGAAGCUUCUGACAGGCAAGUCUAUGUAGCAAGCUUUCUGGCAACUAUGGAUUCCGUCACGCCGCAGGUUUCCAGGCAGCGAUACGGUGUGGUGAUAAACGGGACAGGCAACAACACGGUCUACACCUUUGGUGAAUGUAUGAAGGACUUAUCUCAGAAUGAUUGCAAUCUUUGCUUUGCUCGGAUGAAGACUCAAAUUUUGAGGUGUUUACCGUUUCAGCGGUUGACUAAAGGUGGCAGGCUGUUCUAUGAUGGAUGCUACUUGAGAUAUGAUGACUUUAUGUUCUUCAAUGAGAGUUUGAGUGCUGUGGAUAGAACUGUUUGUGGGGCUGAUGAUUUUGUCGGGAAUCGGAGUUUGUUUGCGGAUAGUGUGUUGGAACUGUCGAGGAAAGUGAGAGUGGAGGGGCCUAAGAAUGAUGGAUUCUUUACAGGGUCUGUCAGCAAUGGGAAUUUGACAGUUUAUGGGUUGGCUCAGUGUUGGGAGUUUGUAAAUGGGAGUGGUUGUGUGAACUGUUUGGAGAAUGCAGUGCUUAGAAUUGGAUCUUGCCCUCCAAAGGUGGAAGGAAGAGCUUUGAAUGCUGGCUGUUACUUUAGGUAUUCAACAACAAGAUUUUACAACAAUUCUGCCAGCGAUGCGCCUGCCGGAGGCGGAGGGGGAUCUCACCGCCGUGCAACUAUUUUUGCCUCAACUUCUGCUGCUAUUGCUUGUCUGCUAUUUGUAGCUGCGGUUUCAUUCUUUGCAAGGAACAGAAUUGUACGACGAAGAAGAGAGAAGAAGAAACUCGGUACCCUUUUAGCCAGAGUCACCAAGUCCAAAAUCAACUUUUCAUAUGAAACUCUAGAGAGGGCCACAAAUUACUUUGCUAACUCCAAUAAGCUGGGGCAAGGAGGAUCAGGUUCUGUUUACAAGGGGAUAUUACCAGGUGGACAGACGGUUGCUGUAAAGAGGCUGUUCUUUAACACGACACAAUGGGCCGAUCAUUUCUUUAACGAGGUUAAUUUGAUUAGUGGUAUUGAUCACCCAAACUUGGUGAAGCUUUUGGGUUGCAGCAUUACAGGGCCGGAGAGCCUCCUUGUGUACGAAUACGUGCCGAACCAAAGCCUUCAUGACUAUAUACUGCCGAGGGGUUGGCUUUUCUUCAUGAAACAUCAAAGCUGAGGAUCAUACACCGGGACAUAAAACUGAGCAAUGUACUCUUGCAUAUGGAUUUCACGCCAAAAAUUGCUGAUUUUGGUCUCGCUAGAUUGUUCCCAGAAGACGAGACUCAUAUCAGUACCGCUGUUGCUGGCACUCUUGGUUAUAUGGCCCCAGAAUACGUCGUUCGUGGAAAAUUGACAGAGAAAGCAGAUGUCUAUAGUUUCGGAGUUGUAGUCAUGGAAGUCGUCAGUGGCAGAAGGAACAAUGCUUUCUCCCAGAACUCUCUCUCAAUCCUCCAAAAGGUAUGGGACCUAUAUCAAUCGGGACAACUAAUCGAAGCAGUCGAUCCAUCAGUAAAGGGGAAGUUCCCGGAAGAAGGAGCAACCAGACUACUUCAAAUUGGCCUAAUCUGUGCACAAGCUGCAGCAGAACGUCGGCCAUCAAUGUCGGUCAUCGUGAAAAUGCUGACCGGUAAUGAAGAAAUCCCUGGGCCGACACAGCCACCGUUUCUCAGCUCCAAUAGUGCAGAAAUGAUCGGUCCAUUCAAUCCGCCGGGCAAGUACUUCUCUCAGCAUGAGUCGAACACAGAGUCAUAUGAUAAUGAAAUAACAGAAAGCUUUUUCGAACCAAGAUGAAAGAGUUUUAGCAAACUAGAUAACAUAACAUUGUAAUGCUGCCUCGAUGUACAUAGAAAAAUUGCCUUCAAUGACUUGAUAGAACUCAUCCAAGUAUACUAGUAGACUAUAGAGAUUGUAGUUGCAGUUGUAUUGCAAAUAUCACCAUUGAUUUAGGUGGCACGUCGUCAGCUUUCUCACGUCUUCGGAAAGGUUUUGCACAUGAGAAAAGAGAGCACAUCAUUAGGCUUGCUGGGAGGUCUCCAUCUAAGACCCUCCGACAUCUAAGUCAGUGAAGGAGUUCAACAUAGAAGAGCCAAUAUAAAUGGGAUCUCAAAGUAUUUAAUGUUGAUCUCAAUGUAAUAAAAUGUCUUUUUAUAAAUAAA